UUAAUAUCUGUUUAUAUAAAACGAACUCUUAAUCUCUAUACAGAUGAUUUCCUCAUCUUGCGAUUCUUGCGAGUUUGCAAAUUCAAUCUCGGAAAAACUAAAACCAGAAUGCAAAACUUUUAUAAGCUGCAAUCGGACUUACCGGAAUGGUUUUCAAAUAGAGAUCCGUUUAAACCAGAAUUACAAGAGUUAAUUAAUAUGGGGUUAAUGUUGCCAUUGCGAAAACCGGAUAGUCAAGGCAGAUUGGUUGUCAUUGGGCGCAUGACUUUACAAAAUCCGAGAAUACACAAAUUAUCAGAUAUUAUUAAGAUCGGUCUAAUGACGGCAGAACUGGCGAUGAAGAAUCGCGCUAUGGCUACAUCAGCAUCUCUGUAUGGUGUAACGGUGAUCGGUGACACGUUCAAUCCAACUAUACAUCAUAUAUUUCAAUUUGGACCCUCCAUACUAAAGAAAAUAGUACAUACAUGGCAAAACUGUUAUCCUAUAAGGCUGCAAUUGAUAAGCGUAAUCAAUGCACCAAUAUUUAUAGAUAUUACUAUAAAGAUUUUUAAAUCUUUCAUGUCAGAAAAAUUGAAGCAGAGAUUACAUGUCUAUCCACACAUGCUGCAAAGUUGUUUUAAAGAUAUUCCAACUAACAUCUUGCCAGUCGAGUAUGGUGGCAGUGAUGGUACAAUUCAGGAAUUAACAGAUUAUUGGAAGAAAUUGUUGGAAGAGAAUCGUGAUUGGUUUAUAAGUAAUAUGAAUAAUUAAAUUGAGUAAUUAAUACGUUGAGAAUGGCGAAUAAGAGU